GCCAUCCCCGCCAUUCAGCUACCCACUGGCACUGAUACGGAUAUCAACUUAGCCAGAACGAGAAACAGGCUGAUGAUUGUCGGUCGUGCGACGUACCGGACAGCUCAGACACCCAUGCGUCUGCAUCGGAGCACGAAGCUAAUAUAAAUUGAUGCUGUGACUUGGAGCCAUGGCGACGGAGAAUCACGGACUGGCCAUACAAGAGCACCCGGCCUCCUACCCCCCUCUGUCGGUUUCCUUCUACAGCAGAGGUUGGCGAGAGUAUUGCUCUAGCUCUCGAAUACGUCGUCUUUUCGUCUCUUUCCUUCCCCCCUUGCCUUCACGGGAGUUUCUGCGUGUUGAAGAGUCCCCUGGUAAUACUAAUAAGGUCCUCGCCUGACCUGGCCUUACCUCAACUUUACCUGCCAGUAUGAACGGGAAUCAUAUCUCUUCCGCCGCAUCCGCGGGGUCGGCGGAGUCGCCGGGCCCAUCCAAGCUGCAGGAGAAGAAUGCGGCACCACAGUUUGAGUAUCUCCCCACCGUGGGCGAGACCAAGGCGAAGCGCUGCGGCGGUUCUCUUCCCAAGGAGAAGGACGGGACAUUUGCUCGUCUUCAGAGGCUGCGACAGGCCUCGAAGCGGCCACUUCCCAAGCGUCACGGGGACGGCUCGUACCCGGUGGUAGUGACCCGGCCCGGCGCCGGAGAGCACAUCAAGGCCCUUCAAUAUAGAGAUGUCAAGACCCUGCUCUCGAUUAUCAAGGGCAAGAUCAAGGGGGAGAAGAUCAAGGAUGACAAGACCAUGAUCAUGGAACGAACCAUUCAGCUCGUUGCCAAGCUGCCGCAUAACUCCAAGACCCGCGACGAGCUGACCAACGCCUUCGUCCAAGAGCUCUGGGAUUCGCUGGACCACCCUCCUCUGUUGUAUGUCGGCGACGACGCGAAGUAUCGGCGGGCCGAUGGCUCCAACAAUAACCCACUAUUCCCCAGCAUGGGAGCUGCUGGGACGACUUAUGCCCGGUCGUGCCCGCCCAAGCAUGUGAACCAGGGUGUUUUGCCUGAUGCCGGGCUGGUGUUCGACUCCAUCUUUGCCCGUACCAACUACACCAAGCAUCCCAAUAAUGUGUCGUCUGUCUUGUGGUACUGGGCUACCAUUAUCAUCCACGACCUGUUCUGGACGGACCAUGCCCAUGGGGACUUCUCCAAGAACAAGACGUCGUCCUACCUGGAUCUCUCGCCGCUGUAUGGAAGCAAUCAAGAGAUGCAGGACACGAUCCGAACCUUCAAGGAUGGCAAGCUCAAGCCCGACAGCUUUGCCGACAAGCGUCUCUUGGGCAUGCCGCCCGGCGUCUGCGUCUUCCUCAUCAUGUUUAACCGGUUCCACAACCAUGUCGCGGAGAACCUCGCCGCCAUCAACGAGGGCGGUCGGUUCACCCCGCCUCCCCCUGGCCUCGCGGGGGAGCAGGCGGAGAAGGCGUGGAAGAAGUACGAUAACGACCUCUUCCAGACGGCCCGGCUCAUCACCUGUGGGCUGUAUAUCAACAUCACGUUGAUCGACUACGUCCGGAACAUCAUCAACCUGAACCGAACCGACACCACUUGGACGUUGGAUCCCCGCCAGGAAGCCGGUGCUCACGUGGGCACCAAAGAGGGAGCGGAAGCCGGCACGGGCAACGUCGUGUCGGCCGAAUUUAACCUCUGCUACCGCUGGCACUCUUGCAUCUCGGACAAGGAUGACAAGUGGAUCCAGCAGUUCUACGGCGAGCUCUUGGGAGGCGGCAAGGGCGAGAUGACGCCGGGCGAGAUGAUGCAGGCGUUCAUGAAGUUCGACGCUUCUAUUGCCAGCGACCCCGGUGAGCGGGUCUUCGCCGGGUAUAAACGUCAGGCCGACGGACGGUUCGACGACGAUGACCUCGUCGAGUGCCUCACCUCGGCCAUCGAGGAUUGCGCUGGGUCCUUUGGAGGCCGGAAUGUGCCCAAGGUGAUGCGUCCUGUCGAGAUUCUCGCCAUCCUCCAGGGUCGCAAGUGGAACGUGGCCGGGCUGAACGAGUUCCGCAAGUCGUUCGGCCUUAAGCCGUACGAGAACUUUGAAGACAUCAACUCGGACCCGGAGAUCGCCGACGCUCUGCGACACCUCUACAUCACGCCCGAUAAUGUCGAGUUGUACCCCGGCAUUGUGGCGGAGGAGGCCAAGACGCCCAUGGUACCGGGCGUGGGCAUCGCGCCGACAUACACCAUCUCCCGCGUCGUCCUCUCCGACGCGGUGUGCCUGGUGCGCGGCGACCGGCACUACACGAAGGAUUACACACCUCGCCACCUGACCAACUGGGGCUUCCAGGAAGUCAACUAUGACCGCAGCGUCAACCACGGGUGCGUCUACUACAAGCUCUUCCUCCGUGCGUUCCCGAACCACUUCAAGAGCAACUCGGUGUACGCGCACUACCCCAUGGUGGUCCCCUCGGAGACGCACAAGAUCCUCACGGACCUGGGCCGCGUCGACGAGUUCGACUUUAGCCGGCCGGCGUACAUGCCGCCUCGCGUGAACGUUACGACGUACAGCGGCGCGCAGCACGUCCUCGAGCGCCAGGACGUGUACAAGGUCGUCUGGCACGAGGGUCUGGGCCGCCUCAUGGGCAAGGGCGGCCUGGGGUUCAUGCUCUCCGGGGACACGGACCUCCACGCCGGACAGCGCAAGUGCAUGAGCGCGCAGCUGUACAAGGACGGCUGGGCGGCGGCGGUGAAGACGUUUUACGCGCAAAUCACCGACCAACUCCUGCAAGAAAAGUCGUACACCCUGGGCGAGAACAAGAAGCAGAGGCACGUCGACCUGGUCCGGGACGUGGGCAACCUGGCACACGUGCACUUCGCGUCGCGCAUGUUCAACCUGCCGCUCAAGUCUGCGCAGCACCCCAAGGGCGUGUUCACGGAGCACGAGAUGUACCAGCUGCUGGCGGUCAUCUUCGUGUGCGUCUUCUUCGACAUGGACCCGGCCAAGUCGUUCCCGCUCCGGCAGGCGGCGCAGGCGGCGGCGAAGAAGCUGGGCCAGGUGAUCGAGACCAACGUCAAGCUGACGACGACUCUCCACCUGCGCGGCCUGUUCACCUCGUCGUCGGACAAGAAGAACGACCCCCUGGCGGCGUACGGCACCAACAUGGUCAAGGGCCUCUCCCAGUCCGGUGGCGGGAUGAGCGCGUACGAGGUGGCGUGGAGCCACGUGCUCCCGACGGCGGCGGCCAUGGUGCCGAACCAGGCGCAGGUGUUCGCGCAGGCGGUCGACUACUACCUCUCGCCGCAAGGGCGUGUGCACCUCGCGGACCUGCACGCGUUGGCGAACCAGCAGCCCGCCUCGGAGCAGACGGACGCGCUGCUGCUGGGGUAUGCGAUGGAGGGGAUCCGCAUGGCGGGCACGUUCGGGUCGUACCGCGACGCGGCGGCGGAUGAUGUCAUCGUGGAGGCUGACGGGCGCCGGGUGGAGGUCAAGAAGGGAGACCGCGUGUUUGUCAGUUUCGUCGGGGCGGCGCGCGACCCUGUCAGGUUCCCGGAGCCGGAGAAGGUGGAUCCCCGUCGGCCGCUGGAGGCGUAUAUCCACUAUGGGCUGGGCCCGCAUGCGUGCCUGGGCCGGGAGGCGAGCCAAGUGGCGCUGACGGAGAUGUUCAGGGCGUUGUUCAAGCGGCGGAAUGUGCGGCGGCAGCCUGGUGCGCUGGGGGAGCUGAAGAAGGUGCCUCGGCCGGGGGGGUUUUUCGUGUACAUGCGCGAGGAUUGGAGUGGCUUGUGGCCGUUCCCUUGCUCGAUGACGGUGAUGUGGGAUGAGGACUGAGUAUGUUGUGAACUCGGACCUUCUCACGGGGAGGACGAAGGGGCUGCUGCUUCUUUAUCAUGUUGGUGAUGAGUCUCUGGGUUGAUACUAUUUUACUUUGUGAGCAUAUGAUAUCCUAUGGUUUGAAGGCAUAAAUAGCUUAAUUUAACUGGUCCUGGCGUCACGCAGUUAAGGUGAACCGAGUCCUUGAAACAAUAAUUUCGUCUUGUAUUCCAAAUGGAGACAGUCACUUCUGUAGGU